AUAAAGAUCUUAAUAAUGACGAAUUUAUUGCUAAAUAUUAUGGAAUUUCAAAAAAUCCUUCUACACAAAACUACAUUAUAGUUAUGGAUUUAUUUGAAGAAUAUAAUUUCUGUCUUAAUGAUUCUUACGUUUUAUUACAAAUAGAUUUAGGUUUAUUAUUAAGAGGAAAUGAAUUUACAUGGGAGGGCAAUAUUUAUAGUUUUGAUGGAAUUAUGUAUUUGGAUUUGAUGUAUCGAUGUUGGAGUGAUGAUCUUUCUGAACGUUCAACUUCUACUGAAUUAAGAGAUUUAAUUUGGGAAAUAUAUGAUAAACUUUGUUGUGGUUAUGCGAUAACUUAA